AUGAAAGUAGCUUCAAAUAAGAAAACUAGCUCUAAGAUUUUGUCAUCUACAGUCAUAUUACUCACCCUUGUUGCAUUCAUAUAUUAUACUGCCUCGAAUGUGGUUACUCUGUAUGACAGUAUACUUGGAGUCGAUUAUGGACAGGUAGAAGCGGCCUUACUAGGCAUACAACUAGGCGGUGAUAGUGAAGGUUCUAGUGGUGAUCAUACGGUCGGUGAGACCAGAAUAUUCUCUGACAAGGCGGAACAGGGGCCUACACAUAGCCAGUUGUUGACUCCUGAUUCGGUCUCUGUGACUAAAAAUGAGGAAUUUCAGCCACUAGCUGUAUUUCAAGAAAUAAUGAAUACCGCACCCAUUGUACUAUUUAUCAGGGGAGAUCAUGCGGACUCACAGUAUAUGAAGAAGCUUCUUGAUGCCGAAUACGAAGUAACGCCCCCUGUUGCAGUGGUGGACCUUAAGAAGCAUGCAGAGGGCGACAAGUUGCAGAAAUACAUUAUGCUAAACAAGCUUAAUACAUACAACACUAACUUCAAACCAUCUGAUGAUAUACCUGAUGUGCCUUACCUAUUUAUAAACGGCAAUUCUAUCAUCAACACAUCCUUGGACAAGGAUAUCAAAACUUUACAUGCGACUGGUUUGCUUGAAGAAAAACUUAAAUCUAUGGCGCAUGAGCUAGUUAGCAUAAAAAGGAUAAGCCCGCCCUCUAAUAGCUAA